AUGGCUUUGGCUGCUCGAUCACCCUCCGACGGCCUGCUAGCCGGCAAAUCUGCCGGCCGGCGCGCUCUGCCGGCGCUCCGUCAGGCCCCAGUUUCGCUCCUCUGCGCCGUCGACUCCGCUGCGUCCAAACGAGCGGGCUUCCACGAAGCUUCCAACUCCGCGGUCUUUAAAGCCAAAACGAGCCUAUCAGCGGCCGACUUGCUCAUGCUUCUCAGCCCAACGGUAGCAAGUUCCGCAAAUAUCGGCGCGAUCAACGGCGGUCCGUACGCGUGCCGCGAGUGCUCCAACAAGUUUCCGUCGCUCCACUCUCUUGACUUCCACUACCAGACGUACCACGCUAAGGACAAGAAAAACCGCCCGGUGGGCGGCGGAGACUGUAUGAGCUCAGAACCUGCCGGGAGCGGCUCGCCCGCGCCGAGCAAAAGCGGCACGCCGCCGCCCCCGCGGGUUGCGAGCCGCCUGGCGCGCGUGGUGGCAUCGCAAGAAACUCCGGGGGAAUCUGGAAGUGCCGGCAGCGCCGCGGCGGCUUCGCAGAGCCUGCGACGAUCGCCGUCGCUGUCGCCGUCGCCGUCUGCGACGACGCUUCCGUCGUCUGGCGCUGGCGAAGAUGUCGCCGCGGGUGCGAUGGCUACGGCGACUGGCGGUGCGAAGUCGUCGCCGCAGCAGCGACGUGGCUCGAAACGGAGCCGCGCCGAUAGCCAGCCGGGCGGCCCGAAUCCGUCAGCACCUGCCAUGAAACGGGGCGGCAGGCGCUGCGGCGGUGCUGCUUCUGAGAAGUUCCCUGCGCGCGUGACGGAGCUCGCCGGCGGCUGCGCCGCAGGGGCUCAGAUCGCGACAAUGGAUGCCGGCCGAUCAGAGUCGAUUAAAGUGGAGUCGCAGCGACUCGGCCGUCCCGGAAUCGCGGGGAAGAAAUGGCAGCCGCCGAGUGUUCUUGUAACGGGUGGGCCUGAUAAGUCGGUGGGUGACGUUGGUCGAGACGGCGGCGCGCUCACUCCGUCGGACACGUCAGCAAUGCCGCAGCCACGUCGGGUCGGCGCGCUCGCAGGGUCCUGCUUGACCCUGACGGACCGAAUGAACUCGCUGACGUCAUCACUGACGGACCUGACGGCCGCGGGGAGCAAUCCCGUUAGCCCGACGACCCCCACCAACGUGCCUCCGUUUGGGGGAGCUUCUGUCGGCGCCGCGAAUGGCGGCGGUUUCAAUGCUAAGGUGGCGGCACAUGCGUCUCAGCUGCAGCAGCUGAUGGCGCUGGUGAUGCAGGAGCAGGAGAAGCGGGAGAGGCUUGCGCGACCUCCUAACGCAACCAACAUCUGUCAAGCCCAAAGGCCUUCACCUGCGAAUGCAGCUGGUUACCAUGUAACUGCUCCUGCUGACGGGCGGCAGGUAGCGUCCAGUGUGGCACAGGGACCUGGUGACGUGGCAGGGAGCCAGCUCAGCAUGCUGGUGGCUGUCCUGGCGUCGAGGCUGAGUCAGCAGAAGGCACCAGGAGGAGAGGGAGCAGUAAUGAUGCAGCAGGGUGGGGAGAUGGAGCUACUGAAAUGCUUCAAGGGGCAAGGAAUUGCAGGGCCUGCUGCUACGGUACACCUCGCAAUGACGACAGCAGAAGCCGGAAUUGUCGAGUUCCUAGACGCCACAAACGAGAAACACGGCGGCAGUCACGGCGGUAAAGGAAAAAAGCGGCAGCGGAAACAGCUGUCGUCGUCGUCCUCAUUUCUAGACCGCUUCGAUAGUGGUAGCGAGGAUGAGCAAGCAGGAGGGAAAACUCGUAAGCGCGGUGCUCUCUCGGCUACAAACAGAGAGGCUUCUAAUGAAACACAGAAGAAAUCAGGGAAGAGCAAUGCCUCACCGGAAACGGCGGCAGAAGCAGGGUUGUUGGGAGACGGAGGUGACACUAACGAAGGGCGACGGGUAGACGAGCGAGGGGCGCAAGGAAAAGCGUUAGAGGCAGGGCCUUCUGUUGCGCAAAAAGGGGGAGCUGCGGGGGCAAAGGGGAAGGAGGCUUCCGCUGCACGCAAGGAGGGGGUUAAGGGACAGGGUUUAUCGGGAUCUCAGGCGGAAGGUUCUAGGGGAGAAGGGUUGGAAAAGGGUUUUGCGGAAUUCGUAGAGGAGGAUGAGGAGGAGGAAAGAGUAGGAGAGAGUGAGGGAGAGGAGAGUGAGGGAGAGGAGGAAAGUGAGGUAGAGGAAGAGAGUGAGGGAGAGGAGGCGAGUGAGGGAGUGGAGGAGAUUGAGGAAGAGGAUGGAAGUGAAGAGGAUGAGCCGAGCGAGAGUGGUAGUGAGGAAGGGGAGGAGGAAGGAGAGGAGGAGGAGGGAGAUGGGGACGGCGAAGGAGCAGCUGGGUCGGCAGCAGCGCCUUCGUCGUCUUUCGCCACAGCCUUCGCGAGCAUCAUGGCGAAGAAGGUCCCUGUUACUGGCAAGGCGCCCAUCCUAGCAGCGCGCAAGAAGCUGCUGGAGGAGGGAAAGGCGUCCAAAGCAGAGGCGAAGGCCAAGGCGGUGUCUGCUGCUGAGAGGAAACAGGCCAAGCUGAUGGAGAGGGAGAUGGCACAUGUGCUUCCAGAGCCGUUCCUCGGCCCGAAAGAGAAGGCUCUCGUCAAGAUUGCCACAAAGGGAGUGGUUCGACUGUUCAAUGCGGUCAGCAAGGCUCAGAAGGUGCAGAAGCAAGCUUCCACCAAAGAUGCGGAUAAGAAGACCAAGGCAGCAUUCCUGACGGAACUAAGAGGAUCCACGGCAACAGCUGCCAUUGGUGGUAUUGGUGGUGCUGCUGUGUCAAGGCAAGGAGGCAAGGCCAAGCCAGCGGCUGCAGCGGCAGCGGCAGCAGAGGAGCCGACGUGGUCCCUAUUGGCUGAUAGCUUUGAGCUGGGGCAGUCGAAGCUCAAGGGGUGGGACAAGGGCGACGAGGCGCCCAUUCCCUUUGACCCUGAAGGGAUUGCCAUUGGGGAGCUUGAUGGGGAGGAGGAAGAUGGGGGAGAUGUCACAUUUACUGUGCCCCAUACCUUUGCCUUCGUUGCCUGCUUCUGCAUCUUCUCCCCCCACCCCCCACACCGACAGGCGCCCAUGCCCUUUGACCCCGAGGGGAUUGCCAUUGGGGAGCUGGAUGAGGAGGAUGAUGAUGGGGGAGGGGAGGAGGAGGGUGAUGAUGAUGAGGAGGAGGAGGAGGAGGAGGAGGAGGAGGAGGAGGAGGAUGAUGUUGUGGAUGAAGACGAUGUUAGUGAUAGUGACGAUGGUGAAUGCUCCUAA